UUUUUUAGUGCUUCUGUUGCUGCUGGCAUGGAAUUAUAUAAAGAUCACACAGACAAUUUAGCCGGCAGUGAUGGAACAAUUACUUUUGUUAAACGUAUAAAUAAGCUAAUUGACAGCAUGAACUCAAGGAUCCCUACAACAGCCUUAAGACCAAAUAGUUCUGACCAUAAACACAUUCAAGAUUUUUUGAGCUACCUUAAUGAGUGGGAGACAUUUGCUCUUGAGAAUAAUUAUCAUUUUAUUUCUGAGUCUACAUGUUAUGGGUUAAAAGUUACUUUAAAAGCUACAUUGAAAAUAUUUGAAUUUUUAACUAGCCGGUGUAAGUUCAAUUCGUUAGAGAAAUUCUUUGGCAUCAUGCGAAAUGCUUGUGGAUCUAACGAUCAUCCCAACUCCAACACUUUCCUUCAGGUUUUUCACUUAGUGGGUACGUAUUCCCUAAUAAAGCCUCCGAAAAAUUCGAAUGUGUCUGGAACUGAGUUGUUAGAGACACUGGUUGAUUGUAGUACUAGACAUUCCAGCAACAAUAAGAAGAUAUUGUUUGAAGAGAAACUGGAUGCAGUAAUAGAUAAGUGUCUAGAUAUUAAUAAAUUUUGUUUAAAUUUGCAAGAAUAAUGUGACCACAAUUAUACAUCCGCCUUAAAUUCAAGUUAUGUUGUUGUAGGUUACCUUGCA